GGGACAUGAGGUACCGUGGGUAGGUGGCUGAAAGUAGAAAAGCUGGAGGGUGGGAGCUUUAGGUCCUGGGGUACCCAAACCCCCGACCGCAGCAGAGCCCUGCCCACUCCCCGCAGGGAGAUCGGAAGCCCGGCGUCCUUGGUCCCACGGCCGCCCUCGGUUGGCCGGUUCCUGCCCAGUCUCCACCCAGUCCUAGGCCCGGAUCAAAUCCCGGUGCCUCCGCCCAGUUUAGCCCACAACAGCCCACUCGCCUCACUGCAUGCCUGGGGCCAUCCCCUCCGCGCGGGGUGCGCCCUGGUCCACCUCCCGGUGAGCCCGCCCCUCCUAUUUCGGGGAUCCAGCCGCGGGCUGGAGUGGGGUCCCGCUCCGGUUGGGAACUGAGGGGCGUCCUGCAGUGAUGCCAGCUCCCCGAGGGCGCCAGGCUCCUAGUUCUGGUUCUGCCGGCUGCCCGCUGUGACUUUAGCCCAGCGUCUUCCCUCCGUGCGCCUGUUUACCUGACUGACCUGGUUGGUGCUCCCUUCUACGACUUAGAGUCUGAGCCUCAAUUUGCUGACCAGCACAAAACAGCUCAAACUCAUCACUCUGCUGACGGCGGCCUUGUAGCAAAGAGAAAAGAAGAAAUUGGGGCCAGAGAGAGAGAGAAGUGAGGAGAGUCAGAUCCCAGGCGUUUGGGGGAGAAGGAGCUGUAAGGAGCAGCACCCCCUCCACCGUAGCCCUUAUCAGGUGGGAAGAGCAGGCUGAGAAGAGCCAGCGCCCACAGGCCUCCUGGGAGAACAGCUCUGAACAGGGGAUGCGGUGGUGAGGCAGAAUCUGCAGACCCGGCGGAAGAGGGCUGUCAGGGCCAUGGCCCAGGUCAGCAUCAACAGUGACCUUGGCGAGUGGGGCCUCAGCACGGAUGCUGGGGAGCGGGCCCGUCUGCUGCAGAGCCCCUGUGUGGACUCGGACCCGAAGAGUGAGGGGGAGGCCUCCCCUGAAAGUCUGAGCAGAGGCACCACGUCCUCGUUUGGGGCCAUCUUCAUUGUAGUCAACGCCUGCCUGGGGGCAGGACUGCUCAACUUCCCAGCAGCCUUCAGCACGGCCGGGGGCGUGGCCGCGGGCAUCACCCUGCAGAUGGGCAUGCUGGUUUUCAUCAUCAGCGGCCUCGUCAUCCUCGCCUACUGCUCCCAGGCCAGCAACGAGCGGACCUAUCAGGAGGUGGUGUGGGCUGUGUGUGGCAAGCUGACGGGCGUGCUGUGCGAGGUGUCCAUUGCCAUCUACACCUUCGGCACCUGCAUCGCCUUCCUCAUCAUCAUUGGGGACCAGCAGGACAAGAUUAUAGCCGUGUUGGCAAAGGAGCCUGAGGGGGCCAGUGGCAGCCCCUGGUACACGGACCGCAAGUUUACCAUCAGCCUCACCGCCUUCCUCUUCAUCCUGCCCCUCUCCAUCCCCAGGGAGAUCGGCUUCCAGAAGUAUGCCAGCUUCCUCAGCGUCGUGGGCACCUGGUACGUCACCGCCAUCGUUAUCAUCAAGUACAUCUGGCCGGAUAAGGAGAUGACCCCAGGGGACAUCCUGACCAGGCCAGCUUCCUGGAUGGCCGUGUUCAAUGCCAUGCCCACCAUCUGCUUUGGAUUUCAGUGCCACGUGAGCAGCGUGCCCAUCUUCAACAGCAUGCGGCGGCCCGAGGUGAAGACCUGGGGCGGGGUGGUGACGGCCGCCAUGGUCAUAGCCCUCGCCGUGUACAUGGGCACAGGCAUCUGUGGCUUCCUGACCUUUGGAGCGUCUGUGGACCCCGACGUGCUCCUGUCCUACCCCUCCAACGACGUGGCCGUGGCCGUGGCGCGCGCCUUCAUCAUCCUGAGCGUGCUCACCUCAUACUCCAUCCUGCACUUCUGUGGCCGGGCGGUGGUCGAAGGCCUAUGGCUGCGCUACCAGGAGAUGCCCGUGGAGGAGGACGUGGGGCGGGAGCAGCGGCGGCGAGUGCUGCAGACGGUGGUCUGGUUCCUGCUCACCCUGCUGCUGGCGCUCUUCAUCCCCGACAUCGGCAAGGUCAUCUCGGUCAUUGGAGGCCUGGCCGCCUGCUUCAUCUUCGUCUUCCCAGGGCUGUGCCUCAUUCAAGCCAAACUGUCUGAGAUGGAGGAGGUCAAGCCGGCCAGCUGGUGGGCGCUGGUCAGUUACGGAGUCCUCUUAGUCACCCUGGGAGCCUUCAUCUUCGGCCAGACCACAGCCAACGCCGUCUUCGUGGAUCUGUUGGCAUAACCACGGCCUCCUUGGCACCCAGGAACCCAUCUCAGAGCUGCGGGGCCACGCUGACUCGGGCAUCAUUCCCCUCUCCUGAUGGGGUGAUUCCAGGGACAGAUCUGGGCUGAAAUGGGGCCCCACGGUCUGGAGCCUGCAGCACGGGCAUGUGGCCUGACUGGGAAUUGAACACACCAGCUCCCUUCCUGCUCCCCCGUCCUGGCGGGGCCCUGGAUGGUGGGAGGGGGGGGCCACAGGAGCCUCCCCACUGCCUCCAGCUCUCAGCUCCUCCAGGCCUGGAGCCCACGGUGAAGAGGCUCAGCAGGUCUCAGGAGAAGGCAGCCGCUUGACUUCCCUCGGGAGAAAUGGGGGCGCCCUCUCCAUAUAGCAGGGGCUGUGCUCCCUCCCCAGGACUCACACCUGCUCCGUCUGUCCGCGGACCAGCCAGCAGUGGCUUCCUCUGGGCUCUGGCCAGUCCCAAAGGUAGCACUGAAUUCACAUGGACGCACCGAGGCAGGUAGAGUCCGUGCCUCGCCCACUCCCCCCUGGGCCCGCGGUGAGCCUGCAGCCCUCUUUCCCACGGCUGACUGACAUUCCCCGAGGCUCCGGGGCCUCACCGAGUGUCUCUCCCCAAACCUCAGGGUCCGGGCAUCCCCCUCCUCCUCCAUCCCCAGACAUCACCAAGUCUUAUGUUUACAAACGGUGCCCGCCGGCUCAGCCAGGGACCAGGGGCCGCCUGUGCCUCGGUGCUGUGAGCAUUCCGCCUCCCUCUCCGCCUCCAUUAGCUUUCCCCGUGGCGGGGGGAGAGGGGGUGCUUCUCUCUCAGAUUCCAGAUGGGCCCCUCUUUUCAGAGGCACAAAAGUGGGUGAUGGAGAAGGCUGGGGACCUUCUGGACCUGUGCAGGCUGGACUGGCCAGGGUCAAGGUGAACCUGCCUGCUACCUUCUCCUCCGAUGACUGCUGCUCUGCCUCCCCUGCCGUCCCCCACGGGGUAGCCCAGAGGCACGCAGGGUGCCGAGCUGUCAUGGACUGGGCAGCAGGAGAAGGCAGCUCCGCCAGCCUGGAACUUACAACCUGAAUCCUGUCUGCCUUUCCCCCACCCCAUCCCUUCUUCACCCCCCACCCCAUUUGUCUAUGUAGCUCAAUCUCCCGCUCACAUAAGUAUUGGGGGGGCAGGCUGCCAAACCCUCCCUUGUCAACUUCCUCAGCUCCACACAGUCACACUGAGGUCACACCUGGAUUGUGCCCCAGGCACGGUGAGGGGGGCCCUUCUCGCAUUGCACAUGCCCAUCGGGCUUCCCGUGCCUGGAACGCGCAGCAUUUCCCCGGCCCCUCCUGCCCAAACCUCUGUCCUGGGCCGGGUAUGGGCACCCCGGCCAGCAGCCCACCAGUCAGGGCAGUGAGAUCUAAAUAACAGGCUGGCGGGAGGCCCCAUAGGCUUCUCCAU